UCACGUCAACAAGCGCCUGCGUACGGUGGAGAGCAGCGAGGACACAGCUGCAGACAGCAGGCAGAGUGACGCCCAGCAAGAGUCAGACCUGUACCAGCACAUCAAACAGGGAGAGACAGCCUACGACACUCAGACAUAUGAUGUGGCCACUGCAGACCAGCAAAAAAACCGCAGGGCCUCAGCAGGACCAGGAAGAAGAUCAGAACGAUGGGGGAUGUCGCCAUGGAAACAGAGGACCAGGAAGAAGACCUCCAAGCCGCUGAGGUGCAGGAACUGAAGCCUGAGCAGCUGGACUCUACGAAGGCCUCCCAGAAAGGUGUGGACAGUGGAGAGAUGGAGGUGCAGAGGCAGGGAGAGGAGGAGGAGCAGGAGAGAUGGAAGGACCGUCACCGACACGGAGAGGAAGAGCAAGCAGAGAGAAGCAGAGAAUCCACAAUUCACACUGUUCCUGAGCUGCUGCUGGACACCAUGCAGAAAGAAGAGAGAGAUCCAGAAGAGAUAAGGAGGGAGAUGGAGCUGCAGCUGGAGGCCUGGCACAAACUGGCUCCAGGGACUCAGGAGGAGGAGAGUGCAGCGGCCUCCAUGUGGCAUCAGUACCAGACUCUGACCUCCGCUCUCUCUCAGCAGCUGUGUGAGCAGCUCCGCCUCAUCCUGGAGCCCACACAGGCUACCAAACUCAAAGGUGAUUACCGCACAGGGAAGCGUCUCAACAUGAGGAAGGUGAUCCCCUACAUCGCCAGUCAGUUCCGGAAAGACAAGAUCUGGCUGAGGAGGACCAAGCCCAGCAAGAGAGAGUACCACAUCUGUCUGGCUGUGGAUGAUUCCUCCAGCAUGGUGGACAACCACUCCAAACAGCUGGCGUUUGAAUCACUGUCAGUGAUCAUCAAUGCUCUCACUCUGCUGGAGGUGGGACAGGUGUCUGUGUGCAGCUUUGGUGAGCAGGUGCAGCUGCUCCACCCCUUCCAGCAGCAGUUCAAUGACGAGUCAGGGGCUCGGAUACUCAGACUCUGUCAGUUCCAGCAGAAGAAGACCAGAAUAGCACAGUUUUUGGAGACCUCAACCAAAAUGUUUCUAGCAGCUCGACAGCAGAUUCCAGGAUCUAUAAACUCAGACACGGCCCAGCUGCUGGUCAUUGUGUCUGACGGCAGGGGGCUCUUCCUGGAGGGGAAGGAGCGGGUGACGGCAGCUGUGCGGGCAGCACGCAGCGCAAACGUGUUUGUCAUCUUUGUGGUACUCGACAAUCCCAACUCGCGGGACUCCAUCCUUGACAUCAAGGUGCCCAUAUUCAAAGGGCCGGGAGAACUCCCAGAGAUCCGCUCCUACAUGGAAGAGUUCCCCUUCCCCUUCUACGUCAUCCUGCGAGAUGUCAACACCCUGCCAGAGACCCUGAGCGACGCACUCAGGCAGUGGUUUGAACUUGUCACGGCAGCCGACCAGUAGACCAAUGAGAAGCCAUCUUUCACAGGGAAGAAGAAGUGGGCAGCAACCAACUGCACAACACCACUCUGCUGCUAGCUUCUCAGUCAGAACUGAAGAAGAAAAAAAAAAAAAAAAGCCGGAUUUGCCGCUGUACAUGUGCCUUUAUUUUCUUAUUUUUACUGUAGAUUUUAGUAGAGUUUAAUAGCAACCUUUGCUGUUUUAUCUUUGUUAUCAGGGGAUCUCUCUGUUUCUUUUGUAAUGUAACGAGGAUUGCUUUUGCUUGCACGUCUCAGAUGAAAUGAUAAAAAGAAAAAUGUGAUUUCAUUGCGUGUGAACCACCUCAGUGAAGAGUCGGUAAAUACCUCUGUCCACCUUGUACAAUACUCCCUAACUCUGUUUGUUUGUUUGUUUGUGUGGAUGUUCUAGUCAGUGCUACGAAGAUCAUCAAAUCAUUCACCUUCAAUGUGAACACAUCAACAGAUGUACAGAGCUGUGUUUUGUGUAAAAGAACGUCAUGACCUAAUAGUAGCAUGUUGGUGUGGUCAUGACUGACAUUCGGAGGAACUCAAAAAUGUGCCUUGGAGAGGAAAACAGUAUUGCAUUUCACUUCACGCCGGAAUCAGCUGUUGGGGUGAUGGAUCAGAGGCUUUGUCAAGAUUUUUAGAAAUUCAGAUCUCAUGUACUUUGAAGCACAGGGACUGCAGGUCCCAGUUUUGAAUAAAUGCCCCAGUAUUACCAGUUUUUGUGGUUAAAAGACAACAUAUCUACUGUGCUGAUCUUCCAUCCAUACUGUGUGACUUCUGCUGCUUCACUGUGUCUGUGAGGAGUAGGUGUUGAUGAAAUGUCUUUUAUCACCUGUGUUUUGUAACGUGGACAUACAUUUAAAAAAAAAAACACACACACAGAUAUUGGUCAUAUUUAAGAGAUUGUUUCUUCAUUGCAUCCAUCUGUUAAACCAUGACAUGAAUGAUCCUGACAAUAAACCGUUUACAAGGCU